GCAAAAUAUUGUAUCUUUUAUUCAAGUACUUGAGCUUCCCCUUUUCAAUGUCCUCCAAUUAUCAUCAAGUCACAGCUUUAAUCGAAUCAUCCAGUCAUUAGGUUACUUUACGACUUUCCCAUUUGCGCAAAAAUGCGUGAUUGCGUAGAUGAGCCUACUGCGAUCGGAGAUCGAUAAGCCUCCCCGAUCCCUGUACGGAAACAUUCACCUCAACUGUCAGUCAAACAGCACCCAUCAUGUGGAAGGCCAGCGCAUUGCAACUGGUGCUACUGGCACUUGCCAUCCAUUGGCAAAUCGAUUCGAUCACCACCACGAACGUCCUCUGUGGCCAGCGACCUAUUGCUGCCCCGGGUACCAUCACCUACGGUCGGUCUAGUUGGCCCGGUCAGUUUCCGUGGCAUGUGGCACUGUACCGGACGGAGCAGCCUCUUACGAUUUCGUACGCUUGCGGCGGUUUCAUCGUGGGUGAACGGGUGGUAAUUACAGCGGCCCAUUGCGUCACAGCACCGAGCGGCUAUCAGCUAGCGGCCGAUGAGCUGACCGUCCGCGUGGGUCUGUACGAUCUGCUCACGCUCGCCCGCCACUCCCAAGAGCAUCGGGUAGGACGGAUUCAUCGGCACGGAAACUUCACGACAGGCUCACUGCGCCAUGACCUUGCCCUGCUGAUGCUUCGAACCAUCGUGGAGUUCGGGGACUUUGUACAGCCAAUUUGUUUGCCACGGGAGCCGGAUGCUCUCAAGGGAGUUCGGACGGGAACUGUGUCUGGUUGGGGGUUGGUGGAGGAUGAUUCCCCUGCUAGAACGCUUCGAUCGGCCACAAUGCCAGUUGUGAGCUAUUUAAGCUGUCUUCAAAGUGAUUCCACACUAUUUGGUCCUGUCCUAUACGAUGGGAUGUUCUGUGCAGGGUGGGAAAAUGGGACGAACGUUUGCAAUGGUGAUAGUGGAGGAGCAUUCGCUGCCAAUGUUAACGGUAGCUGGACAGCCUUUGGUAUAGUGUCUUUUACGGGAGUUAGAGAGCACACCGACGGCCAAACACCAUUCCGUUGUGAUACGAAAAGCCUGGCUGGAUUCAUCAGCAUUCCGAUGUACCUGAAUUGGAUUGAAUCUGUAGCUGCUGUGGAAGCUGUACAGCUAGACACACAUCGUGAAAUGCCCAACAGCCCAUUACCAAAGAUUAGCGACACUAUGUGUCAAUCGUACCGCGACCAAUGCCCAAAGCAAGAAGACGUAUCAUACUUGGCUCCAAUCGUCCGGCCGAUCCGCGUCGCUGGAAGUUCGCCCCGUUACGCUCGGCUAGUGAUUGAUUGCUACGGCGUUCUGAUAAGUGAGCGGUUUCUUCUGGCACCGGCUAGCUGCCACCAUAGCACAGGUAAGAAUGAAUUCUUCUCAAUGCUCCAUCAUGAUGUAUGA